UGUGCUAUGUCUUUCCUCGUGUAUGUUUCUGAAUCGAGGUUUUUUCCAUAAUUCAAAGUACACUUACCUAUUUCGUUGCGUGCAGUUUGAUGAAUGAGCACGCCCGAUGGUUUCAUUUAAAGAUUAAAUAAGUCCCUCUUUAACUAAAUGAUGACGAUUGAUCAAACCCUUAAAAGAGACCUGUUGAAGUCUACGACGCCAGCAGCCACCAGUGAGAAGGAGACAAGGGAAGACACACAAUCUGAUGUCGCUAACCUAGACCAACAUAUUGUCGCCUCCUCUAAGCAAGUCCUCCUCAAGAGCAUAGAUUUCCGACCAGCUGAGCAGGACGUUUCAUUCCAGUUGCAGAAUCUCAGAGUGAAGUAUGUGGCACUGAAUCCCAGCUGUACUGGAGGCGAGGACACUAAGCAACUGACUAGCAAUAAUCAUAGUCAAAUGAACGGGCAGGUGGAAGUGAAGCAAGAUGGCAUCCCAGCCCCUAAGAAAGUCCUGUACCCACCUGAUAAGAUUGUCCUUGCGUGGCAGCGGUCCCAGCGUGUUGGGCCGGGCCUUAUUAAUAUGGGCAACACAUGCUUCCUGAAUGCAACACUACAGUGCCUGACGUAUACUCCACCUUUAGCCAACUACCUCCUCAGUCAUCAACACAAAACAGAGUGUCGAGAGCUGGGAUUUUGCAUAAUGUGUGAGCUUUGUAACCACGUCCAUCGUGCAUUCAUCCACCAGCAAAACGGACAGGCUAUACGACCAAUGGUUAUCCUCCACAAACUCAAAUAUUUUGCCAAGCACAUGCAUAUCGGCAGACAGGAAGAUGCACAUGAGUUUCUACGAUUACUCAUAGAGGCCAUGCAGAAAACUUGUGUCAACGGUUUUGACAAACUUGAUAAGUAUAGUAAAGAGACAAGUCUUGUAUAUCAAAUAUUCAGUGGAUACUACAGAAGUCGAGUGAUUUGUUCAGUUUGUCAAAACAAGUCGGAUACGUACGAGCCAUUCUUAGACAUCGGACUGGAUAUUAAGCAAGCACCAACGGUAACCAAAGCAUUGGAGAGAUUGAUAAGACCGGAGAUGCUGGAUGGAGAGAAUCUCUAUCAGUGCAAGAAGUGUAAUCGAAAGGUGCAGGCUCAGAAAAGGUUCACGGUUCAACGAGCGCCACAUGUACUUACACUUUGUCUAAAGAGAUUUGACUUCAACCGAUUUAGCACGGGGAAAAUCAACAAAGAACUGAAUUAUUCUGAUCAUCUCAACCUAAGACCAUACAUGAGUGACCCUAAGGGUCCAGCGAUUAUGUACGAGCUCUAUGCCGUUCUGAAGCACGAGGGCGCUUCGUGUAACUCAGGUCAUUACUACUGUUUCGUCAAGGCAGCCAAUCAGAGUUGGUACUGUAUGAACGAUGCAUUUGUCAGUCAAGUCAGCCUACAGAGGGUUCUUAACCAGAACGCCUAUCUAUUGUUCUAUAUUCGUAAGAGUAGCUUCAAGUCGCCUAUGAAUGGCGGAGAGCCCAAACGAGACGUUGUCCAGAACAACCGCUCCAAGCCAGCAACAACAAUCAGUAAACCUCAGUCCCUCUUCAAUGGACCCCUUGGAACCCCUGUAUCCAGGCCAGUGGCAAACACUCUACACCAGAAGAGCCCUGUAUUCAAACCCACAAUGAUUUCUGAGGGUAAAGACAACAGACCAUUGAAGUUCAAUCGAAGUCAUCAACAACAACAGCAACAACAACAGGAAGCAAAGCACAAGCUGACCCCACUUCCAGCUCAACGCAACAAACUAUCUUUUCAAUUCCGGAACAAAAGUGCAAAUGUGGUUACUGCAAAUUCACAACCUCCACCCCAACAGCAGCCGCAGCAGCAACCACUGCUGGUUAAGAAACAGGAAACUAAUGCCACCACAGCGACUGCUGCAUCGGUAAACACCCCAGUAGUAACUGGUGGUGGUGAUGCUACACCACAGAUCCAUCCUGAACAGACUGCAGCGACAAAGACCUUCUCACCUCCCCAAAACCAGACUUCUCCUCCAACGAUAGCCUCCUCAACGACACAAAGCAAAGACUCACUCAAACACAUGCAGGGACUUGUCAAACCCAAGGCAAGGUUACCUCAAGAUGCUUCCAAGAUGAAUGGUGUCUGUAAGAAGCAGCCUGCCUCCUCUGGACUUGUCCCUUACACUGCGGAAGAUUCAAACUCUUCCUCUGGUGACUCCGAGAUGGACUACGAUAACGUUGUUGCCCAGUUUUCAAUGUCACAAGGCAGGGAUGCUUCAAAUCAAAGUAAAAACUCCAAUAAAAAACCUCAAGUCAAGUCUGAGGAAGCUCCUAAGGGAGAUGUUUGUAUCUCUAAUGACAGUAAAGAGAACCCUGUUGAUGCCACGCCUAUGAAACCACCAGCAGCCGCCAAGAGUUUAUCUUUGGACAAUCUUCAACUCUCGCCAAAUCUUCUCAAGAAAGCCGGACUUGCUAAUAGUACAAACCUUACGUCAAUUCGUAAGCCAGAUUCCCCAUUGAAGUUGACUAUAACAACAAACGGUCAGGCACAGCGUAUCAAAUCAACGUCACACUGGAGAGCGGCGGAUUCAGACUCACAGAUAUCUCCUUCACCUGCCUCGGACUGUAGUCUCCAUAGCAACGUGUCAACAAACUCAACUAGCGAGUGGAAUAUCUUAGAGAAGAGAGAUGCUCCUCAGACGCCUCAAGAUAUGAAGAAGGAAGCGGCUGUGUUUGGGUGGAAUAUCUCUCCAGCUCCUCCACUUAAGAAUUCUGAAAAACUUCAAGACUCAGAGGAACAAAGAACUAAGUUGAUCGGACCAAAGAUUGCUCUUGUUUUCGACGAUGUGAAAGACGAAAGCCCAGAUCGGACAAAAGUCCAUGAAAAACAAAAGAAAAUUGUUUCUGGGGAUAAACAAGAGGUAUCCAUCAAAUCAGAAAGUGUUUCCAUAAAAAAUGAGAAUAAAUCAAGUACUCACAAAGACGUCAAACAUCAGAAAGUUUUGGAGCGAUCAAAUCUUAAAGAUGAUGGCCAGCAGGAUACGGUUUACCCAAAGUUAUCAAACGAGCAGACAUUCAAGAAAGAUACUAAGGAAGAAUUAGAGGAAAACCUGUUGCCAAAGAAGAAGAAGAAACGUAAGAAGGAUCGAUCUCAUCCAGGGAGUCCCGAGGAACCUGAGAGUUCAUCCAAGGUCGAUGAAUGUAAAGGUCAGGCCCAAAGUGAAAGGUCAAAGGUCAGGGAUAUUGAGGAAAACAGGGAGAAUGAUGUGGCGUUGCAAAAACAUAAGAAGAAGAAAAAGAAGAAGAAGAAAAAUAAGGAGAAAAGAGAGUAUGAACAAGAAGAACUGGUCGAGGAAUGGGUUGAACGUGUGAUUGAACCGCAUCAAGACAGUGAUAAAGAACCACUUUUAAGCAAUUCUAAAGCGAGUAAUCACGAUUCAGACAGAGACUAUCACGACAAAUAUAAGACUUCCAAAAAGAGAGACAGUGAAGAGAUGAAGCACAAACAUUCAACGCCACACACAGAAACAAAACGCAAAGACAAGCAUUCUCUGAUGCGACGCGCUCUGGAAAAGAAGUUAAAACGCCACCAUGAACGUCGUGCAAGUCAGAAACACAAGAAAGACUUAUCAAAACACAACGACCACAACAUCCAUGAGGAUCAUCAUCAAACGCCAAACUCAAGUCGUGAUAUACCUCACAACGGUGACGCAUCUCACAAAUAUUCUAAGCACCACAAAGAGUCACGGAAGAGACAUAGUUCAGAUGAUCGUAGCAGCUCGGAUUAUUCCACUAAGGUCAGACGGAUCGACAGAGACGACCAUCUGACCUCAAACCGAGAAAAACACAGUUAUAAAAUUGACAAGUCAGAUAGGCACAGCCAUAGUUCAGAUAAUCAUUCAACUUCCAAGAAACCAUACAAGGGGGAACAACUGCGAGGUGAAGAUGAUCCAAGCCCCCCAAAGGAGAAAAAGAAGAAACGGAAACACCGGGAUGAGGAGAGCGAGAGGAGAUCACUUAAAGAUCAUAAUGAUGAGGAGAGUAAACCAGAGAAGAGAAAGAAGAAAAAGAAGAAGCAUAGCUCAUCAGAUGAUGAAGAGGAUCGGAGCAGUAGAGUUACCUCUCAGAAAUCAAGACAAGACGUUCCUGUACAGCAAUGGGACCACCACAUUAAAGACAGUCAUAAGAAACGGGAUAAAGAAGGAGGUGAUGACGAAACAGUCGGUAAAUCUUCCAAGACGCAUACUUCUUGGGACGGCACUUACUCGUCCUCCAGCGUUGCUGAAGAACUUAACAAGUCAUCGCUCAAAGCCUUUGGCCCAUCAGUCCUUUCUUGGGAUGGAGGUCGUAGCGCUCUUGAUGACGAGGUUGAUUCUGAGUCGAGGCAGAACAGACAGCGAGAUCCGUAUGAAGAAGACUUUGAUAGAGGAAAGAUCAAGAAAGUGAAGAAGUAUCUUGAAGAAGGCAAACAGAAGUUGUUUGGUGGUCGGAAUAAUCCGUUUCAAUCUAUACAGACAUCAAGAAACAGAUUUGAAAAGGAUCACCAUGGUUACAACAGGCUCAGUCAAUCCUAUGGAGAGCGCCCUCGAUGACAAAGUUCACCAUUGAAUGUUUGAUAUAUAUAUACAUAUAUGUAUAAAUUUGUACAAGUAUAUUAUAAUAUUGAGCUGAUUUGUCCCUUUUUUUUUUUAACACUGCAUUAACAUGGUCAAGUGGUUAGACUGCUGGACUUGCAAUCACAAGGUUGUGGGUUUGAAUCUCCAAGCUAACCAUUGAUAUCAUUAUCACCAGAAUAAGUAUUGUCGUCUAGUUACUGAAUCACAAUAUUUGUUGAUUUUGUGCAAUUCAUAAUCAUA